GCCCUAGCGGCAAGAUGCAGAACGGACAUGACGGGACAUUGAAACAUCCGCGCAGACGAUGUCAAAGUGUUGGGUUACACCUGGAGGUCUUCCUGGAGAGGAUGUUCUUCUGCUGGGGUCACCUGUGUGCCAGACAUCCGUACCUGGUUGUGCUGGCCACUCUCUUGACCGCAGGAGCCCUCUGUGCUGGACUGUCCAUGUUCCAGGUGACCACGGAUCCAGUCCAGUUGUGGUCAGCCCAUGACAGUCGGGCCAGGACGGAAAAAGAUUACUUCGACUCUCACUUUGUACCUUUCUACCGAACCCAACAAAUUAUUAUCUCUCGACCUGACAACAACACCCUCAUCAGGUAUAGGAAUCACAACUACACUAACUUGUUCGACAAAGGUUUUCUUCACACGCUUCUGGACCUGCAAAACGCCAUCACAGAAAUCAGUGUCCUGCACGACCAUAAGAACAUCACGUUACAGGACAUCUGCUUCGCUCCCCUGAAACCUUCCAACAACAACUGCACUAUCCAGAGUGUCCUUAACUACUACCAGAACUCGCACCAGAUGAUUGACAUGGAAGCCAUGGACCAGUUUGGCUGGCUGGUGGAGGCCAACUACUUGGAUCACUUUGACUACUGCGUUUUGUCUCCCUACUCCAUCAACGAUACAACAGCUCUGCACACUCCCUGUCUGGGCACAUAUGGCGGACCAGUGUUUCCUUGGGUGGCGCUCGGUGGAUUUGCAGGUAAAGAUUACAGGACAUCUCGAGCCUUUGUCAUUACUCUGCUGGUCAACAACUACCUGGACAGCCCAUUGAAUGAGCCAGCCAGAGCAUGGGAGUCCAAGUUUGUGGAUUUCAUGAAAGACUACGUCGAAAGUCAUCCUAACAUCACGAUAGCAUUCUCCUCUGAGAGAUCUAUAGAAGAUGAGAUAGACCGUGAGAGUCAGAGCGACAUCAUCACCAUCCUCUGCAGCUACCUCAUCAUGUUUGUUUACGUCACCAUAUCUCUGGGCCGGUACUCCAGCUUGUCCCGAGUUCUGAUCGAGGCGAAGAUCUCCUUGGGAUUGGCUGGUGUGAUUCUUGUGCUGCUGUCUGUGGGAGCCUCCUUGGGCUUUUACAGCUACAUCGGGGUUCCUUCCACUCUGAUUAUCGUCGAGGUGGUGCCUUUCCUGGUCCUGGCUGUUGGCGUGGACAACAUCUUUAUUCUUGUCCAGAAAUAUCAGAGAGAAGUGCUUGCCGACGAUGAAACGGUGGAGCACCUGAUUGGACGUGUCCUAGCUCACACUGGUCCCAGCAUGCUACUCUCGACUGUCUCCGAAUCUCUGGCGUUUUUCUUGGGUGCCCUGACGGAGAUGCCAGCUGUGAGAGCUUUCUCCCUGUACGCGGCUAUGGCUGUACUCUUCGACUUUCUCCUGCAGAUCUCCAUGUUUGUCUCACUGCUAACGCUGGACGCCAAACGCGAGCAGGCAAACAGGAUUGAUGUUUUGUGCUGUAAGAAGCUGUCAGCGAAGAAAGAGACAGCACGUCAAGGAAUACUACACACUUUCGUCAGCGAUUAUUACUCCCACUUUUUACUUCAUCCUUGGGUCCGACCUGUUGUGAUGUUUGUGUUCGUGGGCUGGCUGUGUGUUUGUGGCGCAUUGACCUCCAGGAUCAACAUCGGAUUAGACCAGUCCCUGGCUAUGCCCAAGGACUCCUAUGUUCUCGACUACUUCAAGAACUUGACCGAGUAUCUCUCUGUUACUCCCGUGUACUUUGUUGUGGAGGAGGGACAUGAUUACUCCAGUCUCGUGGGUCAGAACGAUAUCUGUGGUAUCAGUGGCUGCCCCCAGGACUCGCUGGUUCAGCAGAUCAAUGAAGCAGCCCAGGCACCCAGCAUAACUUACAUCGCUGAACCGGUGUCUUCUUGGCUGGAUGAUUACUUCUCAUGGCUGUUUAGUCCCACCUGCUGUCGCUUUGAUUCUUUCAGCGGACAGUUUUGUCCGUCUACAGAAACAAACGAGAACUGCUCGGCGUGUCCACUCACCCAGCUGGACAGUGGCCGGCCCGUUGGGGACACGUUUAAUAAGUACCUGCCCUGGUUUCUCAGCGACAUCCCUGGAACCAAGUGCUCCAAGGGGGGUCAGGCGGCUUACGGAGCUGGGGUCAACCUGUACAGGGACACAAAUAACCAGACACGUGCAGGUGCUUCGUAUUUCAUGACGUAUCAUACGAUCCUGAAGACGUCAGAAGAUUAUAUCGAAGCUCUGAAGUCUGCCCGCCACAUCGCCGACAACAUCAGCCAGUCUUUGAGCACUCCAGGGCACACAUACAAAGUCUUUCCUUACAGCAUCUUCUAUGUGUUCUAUGAACAAUACCUAAACAUCGUCAUCAACGCUGUGCUAAACAUCACCUACUGCCUGGCGGCCAUCUUGUUUAUCACAUUUCUGCUGUUGGGCUUUGACCUGCAUUCAGCGGUCAUAGUUGUCGUCACUAUCUUGAUGAUCCUGGUGGACAUCAUGGGACUGAUGUAUCUGUGGAAUAUUGAACUCAACGCGCUGUCGCUGGUCAAUCUUAUCAUGGCCAUCGGCAUAUCUGUAGAGUUUUGUUCGCACACAGUCCGUGCUUUCACUGUGAGUAUUCUACCCACCCGGCCACUGAGAGCUCAACAGGCCUUGUCGAUGAUUGGCAGUUCAGUACUGAGUGGCAUCACACUGACCAAGAUCGCCGGAAUUAUCAUGUUGGCGUUCUCCGAGUCACAACUGUUCCAGGUCUUCUACUUCCGCAUGUACCUGGCCACGGUGGUGUUUGGUGCCGCCCACGGUCUUGUCUUUCUACCCGUGCUCCUCAGUUAUAUGGGACCUCCUGUCAACAAAGCCAAAUUGUACAAAAGCAAAGUUGUCCAAAAUAAACCAGAUCCCAGCAGCAUGCCAGUUGAACAGAAGCCAUCACCUGGUAUGAAAACCAGUUUAAACAAAAGACCGCUUUCUUAUAAAACAAUGGAGACUAACUGA